AUGAUAGAUGCUACCUAUAAGACAAACUUAUAUAAGCUUCCUCUUAUCAACACUGUUGGUGUUAGUAAUAUUGGAAAUGCUAAAACUCUUAAUACAUACCAAAUUACAAUUUACAAUACUUUUGCUUGUUCUCCAGAAGUAUUUGUAUCUGAUAGGGAUCAAGCCCUUCAAAAAGCAGCAGAUAGCAUUUUCCCAGCAGCAAAAAAAAUGAUAUAUAUUUGGCAUAUACUUGCACAAAAUUUACCAACUACAUGUAGAAAGCUUUUUAACUCUAACGAAGACUAUAACAAGUUGUUAUUAUCAGUUCAAAAAGUUGCUUAUGUCAAGGAGAUAAAUAAAGUUGAAAAUACAUUUAAUGAGGUGAAACAAGUAGUAGCUAAGACUGAGAGAAGUCAUGCUAGAUUAAAAAAAGUGAUAGAAGCAGCAAGUGGGUUGGAACAGUAUCUAAAACAUAAUUCAGUGCCAUUAUUAUUUUCAUCAUCAUUGUUAAUUGAUAUAGCUGCUAGUAAAGCUUUAUACAAGCUCAAGGAUAAAUAUAAAAGCUUAAGUGAUUGUGGAUCCAAAACUACAUUGUUAGAUAAAAUUAAAGCUUUAGUUGCUAAGAAAAAUAUAAUUCCAAAGGCACUAUUACAUAUCAAAUCUAAAAGACAAACAUCUACUAAAUGUGGUCUUCUUCGAAGUGAGUAUCAAAAUAAAGUUAUUGAUGUGAAUGGAGAUAGCAAUUGUGGAUACAGAGCAUUAGCAGUAUGUUUAGAAAAAAAUGAAAGUGAAUGGCUAGAGAUAAGAAAAGAAUUGUAUAGAGAAUUGAAUGAAAAUAAGCAAUUUUACAAAACAUUAUUUUUAGUUAAAGAUAAUUAUGAAACAAUUAUAAAAGAAGUUUUCUGA